AUGGAAAAGCUGAAAGCCAAACGCCAGCCGGAGACCAACAAAGCCCCAAUCCAGAGUCUGGCCCAAACUCAAACUCCAACUCCAACUCAGACCCAUGCCCACGCCUAUGCCAAUGCCGUUGCCAAUCCCUUCAAGCGCCCAAUGAAUACAUUGCAGAAGCAAUGGUAUCGUGUGCUUCUAGCCAGGCGCGUGGGCUUCGGCCAGAGGCCUCAGCCGAGCGAAAAGGAGCCCACCUACGCUGACAUAUGCCACAGACGCUAUGUAGCCGCGUUUCGUAGAUAUAACGAGCGUUUCCGCUGGGAAAUGGGAAUGCACGAGCAGAUGCAACGUUGCGCCAUCGACGCAAUGCGCGUGCACAGAACAUUUUCGAUCACAACGCUGUGGCUGCCGUUGCACUCGAAACGGGAAAUCAACUCAACGCUGGAAACACUGGAAAAGGUUCUGACAGUGAAGGAGAGACGACGCCUCGAGGAGAUACUCAAGCGACUCGAAUCGCAGCGCACGCGACGCUUUUAACAGAUCUAAUGA